AGGAAGGAAAAGUUUGCCAAAUGGAUUUCUUUCGUGGAGUCAGACCCUUAUUAUUUUCUUAUGUACUCAUUAACGGUAUACUGAUUACAUUACAGACUAAGGAAGAGGUGCUUUUGGAUAUGAAGGCAACAGGAGGUGAACUGGGCUGGUUGACAUGGCCCUUAGAUCAGGGAGACAAGCCUGGGUGGGAGGUUGUCCAGAGGACCCUGAACGGCUCUCAGUUCUACACCUACUCCGUCUGCAAUGUUGGGGAACGUGAGCAGGACAACUGGCUGCGCACCACCUUCAUCCAGCGGCGUCCAGCAGCUUCGCGGGUUUUUGUUGAACUACAGUUUAUUGUACGCGACUGCAACUCUUUUGGCGGCACCUCGCUGACCUGCAAGGAAACCUUCAACCUGUUCACGUCUGAGUCGGACGCAGACGUGGGCACUACCUUCCGCAAGGGCCAGUUUAAGAAAGUGACCACCAUAGCGCCUGAUGAGAUCACCAGCAAAAAUGAACUGCGUAUCAACACUGAGACGCGAGUGGUGGAGAACUUGUCUCGAAAAGGCUUCUACUUGGCCUUUCAGGACAUUGGAGCCUGCGUCGCACUUCUCUCCGUCAGGGUCUACUACAAAACUUGCCCGGCCACAGUGAAGAGCCUUGCGCUGUUCCCUGAAACCAUAGCAGGAGGUGAGAACCAAGCGCUGAGGGAAGUGAGUGGGGUGUGCGUGGAGAACGCCAUCAGUGAGGAGUUGCCUCGCAUUUACUGCACUGUGGAUGGCGAGUGGGUGGUACCCGUUGGACAGUGCCAGUGCAAACCAGGCUAUGAAGAAGUUGAAGACACAUGUCAAGGUAAGGGCGUUCUCUUGAAGCUUUGGUAUUUGUAAAGGUCUUUGUGCUCCCAGGCACCUGGAAGCAGUUCCCAUG